AUGANUAUUCAUUUUAUUUGGCUUGUUGAAUGUGUUAUUGACAGUUCCUCACACCUGGUAAUGGAUGGUCAUAUGAGUCGUGUAUUCAGUGUGCAGUACACUCCUGGUCAGGACGAUGAAUUCCUGUCUGGAGGUUGGGAUGACACAGUACAGUUUUGGGACACAAGAGUUGACACCAAACAUUCAGUGAGAAAAAUCUUUGGACCCCAUAUCUGUGGGGAUGCACUAGACAUCCAGGCACUAAGUAUGUCAGGUUCCAGUCGGCAAAUCCUCACAGGAUCAUGGAGGAAAGACAAAACUCUUCAGAUCUGGGACUAUGGCUCAGGCAAGCUCUUAAAAGAUGUGCCCUCUGAUUAUAAUGGAAGUAUGCUGUACUGUGUUCAAUGGCAAGGUCCUGAUAGCAUCCUAGCAGGAGGAAGUGACAACAAUAUGAUGAGAUGUGUGGAUCAAGGAACUUUUCAGACCACUGGACGGCUUGUAGAUCUUCCACGUGCUGUGUAUACUGUUGAUUAUGAGAGACAUAGCCAUCAUCCAAUCAUUGCUGCAGGAACUUCUAACUUUAUUUAUCUUGUAAAGAGGACAUGAGUUUACUAGCGGUUACACAUCUAUUCAUUUUUGACUCUUAUACAUGUUAUGUCAUGAUAUUGUAGGCAUUCUUAUCUACAAAUUGACCUUAAAAUUCAAUGUCAAAACCUUGAGUCUAGAAUAGGUGUAUUAACUUUAUUUUUAAAACUGAGGGGGUAUAGAAAUUCUAUUUAAAAGGCCACAGUAACACAAUUAUUAAGUCUUCACUGUGCAUUUUAACAUGGCAGACUCCAACGUUCGAAUCCUUAGACUAGGUAAAAGCUGUCACCAAUUUGAUCAUUGUUACUUAAUAAAAGCCAAUGGACUCACAGAGAAGAUAAAGAAACCCUUCCCCAAAAGUAUAUGUAGCCAUAAACUUUUCAGUUGUGAAGCGAAUCCGAUAAGCAGUGACCAACCUCCCAAAGUAUUAACUUCAAAUAUUUUUGGAAGAAUAUAGUUUAAGGAGAAUUCCAACAAGUUUAAUCCACUUGCUCACAGUACCAUCUAAUAGUAUCAGUGAAUGUAUACAGCUGCCUCUUCUACCUGAACAAUGUUUUAAAAUUUUUUUAAAAAAUUUAAUAUGAAGGAGUUGGAUUUUAAUUGUCAGAUAAUUUCUUGUUGAUCAGGGAAAUUUGUGUUAUUUAAGAAGUUAGUUUAGGUUACUCUCCUAUGUGCCUGUCAGCACUAAGCGCAGUGACAAAGUUUCUCCACUCUUGUCUGUUGUGUGCUUGUUUCCGUCGGUGAUUCCCCAAGCAUCAUUUAGGAUGUUCAGCUCAGCUUUGACCAUUCCCCUCCAAGUUGUCUUUGGCCAUCAACAAAUUCUCCUCUCUUCAGGAAUCCACUGGACUGCUGUUAUUAUUUAUGAGAGAUUAUCUUUUUAAUUGACAAUAUCUGCAUAUAUUGGCACACUCAGUGGUCAUUGAAAUAUCAUUUAGAUGUUUAUUUGAUUGAAACAUGGACCUGUGUAUAUUGUAAAUUUGACAUGAUGCUCUUGCCAUUGACGACUGAAGUCUUAUUCAUAGAAACUCUCUUUGUCUUACUUCAAUAUCUGCUCAAACUAAAAAUUGAUAUUUUGCUCCUGUUAAUCUAAGUAUUGUGUGGAUCACAUAAUCAUAAAAACAAUGGUUCAGCAAAAAAAAGGAGUGCUGAAAAUCGAACAUUGUAAUCAGUUAAAUAAAGUUCUGUAAAUUUAGAGUUGCUUUUAUUCUUCAUACAAUUAAAUGCAAAUAAUAUAUACAGGAACUCAAGUCAAGAUCUAUCAUGUUUUAUGAUAUUUAAAUGUUAUGUACUACUAGUAAGAACAUUUGAGAAAAAAAAAAUAAAGUGAUUAAAUUAUUAUUA